GCUAUAACUUGUUCAUUGUUGAAAAGAUCUCUCUUCCUCUCACUUCACUACUUUCUACUGACCUACUUCUCUGUUUUAGCGAUGAAAGCAAUAGUGAUAACUAAACCCGGCGACCCAGAACCACUCCAACUUCAAGAAGUACCAGAGCCCAAGCUCAAGGACGAUGAGGUCCUAAUCAAGGUCGAGGCCACAGCGCUCAACAGAUCCGAUACCCUUCAGAAAAAGGGUAAGUAUCCUCCGCCCAGGGGUCCCAUUCUCAUUCCGGGGCUCGAAGCUUCUGGAAUCAUCGAAGCAGUCGGGAAAGAUGUUUCCCGCUGGAAAGUUGGUGAUCAGGUGUGUUGUCUUCUUUUUGAUGGAGGGUAUGCGGAGAAAGUGGCCGUGCCUGCUGCGCAAGUUCUUCCCAUCCCAUCUGGUGUGUCUUUGAAGGAUGCUGCGGCACUUCCAGAGGUGGCUUGCACUGUUUGGUCUACUGUUUUCAUGACCAGUCGCCUCUCUGCUGGGGAAUCGUUUUUGGUUCAUGGGGGAUCUAGUGGCAUUGGUACAUUUGCAAUUCAGAUUGCUAAGUACGUAGGAGCAAGAGUUUUUGUCACAGCAGGUAGUGAGGAAAAAUUAGCUUUCUGCAAAAAUCUUGGGGCUGAUGUUUGUAUCAAUUACAAGACUGAGGAUUUUGUUACCCGAGUUAAAGAAGAAACUGGGGGGAAAGGUGUGGAUGUGAUUCUGGAUAGCAUUGGAGCACCCUAUUUCAAGAAAAAUCUUGAGAGCUUGAAUCAUGAUGGAAGGCUUUUUGUCAUUGGUACCAUUGGUGGAUCCGUUACUGAACUAGAUCUUCGAGCUUUGUUUGCAAAGCGUCUCACCCUGCAAGCGGCUGGCAUGCGACUUAGAAGUCCAGAAAACAAAGCACUAAUUGUUAGUGAAGUGGAAAAAAGUGUUUGGCCUGCUAUUGUGGCUGGUAAGGUGAAACCAGUGGUCUACAAAUCUUUCCCUUUAUCUGAGGUGGAAGAGGCGCACCGGCUUCUCGAAAGUAGCAGUCACACAGGAAAAAUACUGCUUCUUCCAUGAUUCAACGACUGUUUUUUCAAAGCCAAUGUUUGAUAUGUGCAAAUUAGUAAAUGCAUACUCAGAUGGUAUUUGGCUGCAUAACACAACCAGUAUGUAUCUCUGCUCUGCUGCUUGCCGAUUUGGCUUAAUAAAGAACUUCGAUUCCCAUUUCAAUAAAAAGGUGUGGAUUGAUUGUUUUGUGUGUUA